AUGUUGUCUGUAGAAGGGUUUGACCUUAAUAUUGAACCAGCAGAUGUUAGUUUCGCGGAUGAUCCUAUUACUAUUUAUUUGAUCAAUGUGUCACAAGAUGAUCCUAUUGCUAUGUCUCAAGAUGAUCAUGUUAUCAUACCUCCAGCAAGUUCAGCAAUGCCUGCAGAGUCUGAUGGUUUGACAGUGCCAAUAGCUCAAACUGCUAUAGAUGGGAUAAUGGUUGAGUUGUAUGGUGCUAUUGAAAACUGUCCAUACACAGAAGGUGAUGCAAAAAAUUUGCGAGUUGAGUACCGUGCUGAGUAUCGAGGAAAGGACAUGAAAACAACCCUUGAUCACUUUGAGGAACUGAAGAAGGAAGAUCCUAAUUUCAUUUACAGUUAUACCCUUGAUGAAUUUGACAGGGUUGAGAAUCUAUUUUGGGUUGAUGGUGCAGCAAGGAAGUCAUAUGAGCUCUAUGGUAUUGACAGAAAUGGAAUAACUAUACAGCUUGGUUGUGGCUUCAUAAGGAAUGAAAAAACAGAAGCUUUUGUGUGGUGGCACAUCAUGGAGAAUGCUAGGAAAAGAUUGGGGGCUUUCUUAGAUGGUAAACCAGGCUUGGCUGAUUAUUUCAAUGAUUGUGUUGACAAUAGCUUCUCAAUUGUAGAGUUUGAAUUCAAAUGGCAAGCUAUGCUGGAUAAACAUGAUGAUGAAAGGUUCCAGCAUUUGUAUGAAAUGAGAAAUUGCUGGGUUCUGGCUUACUUCAUGAACAAUUUCUUCCCUUUUCUGCAAACAACAGCGCGGAGUGAAGGAUUCAAUGCUGUCCUAAAGCGAUAUGUGAACCCAAUAAAUUCAAUACUGAACUUUGUUCACCAGUACAAGAAAAUACAUAAUAGAAUAUUCAGCAAACAAACAAUGCAUGAGGCUAAUACAAUUGUCAAGGUUCUGCACUACUUGACUAGCCACCCCAUGGAAAGACAAAUGAAGAAAAUGUACACAAGGAAGUUGUUCAAUGUUUUUCAAGAUGAGCUACAGCUGAGUUCUAGUUACUAUAUUGUUCGAGUUGAAGGUGAUAACUUACUUGAUGUUGUUCCAUAUGGGCAUUGUCCCCAUCACUUGUAUGGGGAGAGAACAUUCAGGGUUUCGGCGAACAGUGUUGAUGGUUUGUAUAGCUAUGAUUGUUGCAAGUUUCAGAGGGACGGGGUUCUUUGUUGUCAUAUACUAAAGGUGUUUGAUGCACUUGAUGUCCGUGAGGUGCCAAGUCAUUACAUUUUGCCUAGGUGGUCUGCUGAAAGGGUGAAUGAUGGUGAGAAUGUGGAAGUUACUGGUGAGCCGCUGCAGGCCACACAAAUUUCAAACCUGGGAGGCAUGCUGUCCGUUACCAUACAAUUUGCACCAACUUUGCCCAGUUCGUACGACCUUUCAUGGUUGAGGAUGAAAGUCACAGCAUUGUUUUGA